CUCAUUUUUAAUCUCCUCCCACCUGCCCGCUAAGGUUGCGCGCGCGCUGCCGGUGAGUUUUAUAGCAACUGUUGCCCGGUGAGGCAGCGCCAUAGUCACCGUAGUCCUGGCGACUGUAACCCACCAACAACAACCUCUCUCCAUCGUUUCCACCUCCUCCAUCAUCCUCAUCUUCAUCAACAAGUCCACAGCUCAGGCGUCAUGCAGACCCCUGAAGCAGGCACUGAUUCCACCUCCACUGUCCCACUCCAGACCACUGUGCCUGUCCAGCCUGCCAACUCUAACCAGCAGGUGCCUGUCCAGCAACAGGCCCAGACUGUUCAGCAUGUUUACCCAGCACAGGUGCAGUAUGUGGAAGAAAACAGUGGUGUCUACACCAAUGGCAACAUAAGAACUUACUCAUACUCUGAGCCGCAGCUGUACAGCCAGAACAGUGGAGGGAGCUAUUUUGACACACAGGGCAGCUCAUCACAAGUGUCCACUGUGGUGACAUCACAUGGCAUGAGCAACAAUGGUGGAGGAGGCAGCGGAGGAAUGAGCAUGGGCCUGACAAGUGGUCAGGUAAUCGGCAGCAGUUCUGGGGCCUACCUCAUGGAUAAUGCUGGACCACAUCCGGCCACUCAGACAACGCGAGCUUCCCCGGCAACUAUUGAAAUGGCGAUUGAGACGCUCCAAAAGUCUGAGGGUUUAUCCAGUCAGAGAAGCUCUCUGCUCAACAGCCAUCUCCAGUGGCUGUUGGACAAUUAUGAGACAGCAGAGGGUGUAAGUUUACCACGGUCCACACUCUACAAUCACUAUUUGCGCCACUGCCAGGAACAGAAAUUGGACCCUGUAAACGCAGCCUCUUUUGGCAAACUCAUUCGCUCCAUCUUCAUGGGUCUCCGUACAAGGCGCCUUGGGACAAGAGGGAACUCCAAAUAUCAUUACUAUGGCAUACGAGUGAAACCUGAUUCACCACUCAAUAGAUUCCAAGAAGAUAUGCAGUACAUGGCCCUCAGACAGCAACCUGUUCAGCAGAAACAGAGGUUCAAGCCAGUGCAGAAGUUUGAUGGCAGCUCCGGGGAGAAUUACUCAGGCGGAGGACAGCACCAUGCUAGUGCAGCAGAGCAGACGGUUAUUGCCCAAAGCCAGCACCACCAGCAAUUCUUAGAUGCAUCACGAGCACUCCCUAACUUUGUCGAGCUGGACCUGGGACAGAGCAAUACUGAGAGCAUCAGCCUGGAGAACGUGAAGGCUCUCCAGUCCCUUUACAGGGAGCACUGUGAGGCUAUCCUGGAUGUGGUCGUUAACCUUCAGUUCAGUCUAAUCGAAAAGUUGUGGCAGACAUUCUGGCGUUAUUCUUCCCCUGAUUCUGUAGAGGGCGCCACGGUAACAGAAAACAGCAGCGUAAGUGAGAUUGAAGCACGCCUCCCCCGCUCACAGCUAAUGGUAAUGUGCAGAAAUGAGGCUGUACUCAAAUGGAUGAGCACAUGUGACCACCUAAUGUACCAGGCCCUUGUGGAGAUCCUCAUCCCUGAUGUCCUGAGACCCAUUCCCAGUGCCUUGACUCAAGCCAUUCGCAACUUUGCCAAAAGUCUGGAAGGUUGGCUCAGUAACGCCAUGCAUGCCGUUCCACAGAGGAUGAUUCAGACUAAGAUUUCCGCUGUUAGUGCCUUCGCGCAAACGCUACGCAGAUACACAUCUCUGAACCACCUGGCUCAGGCGGCACGUGCCGUGCUGCAGAACACCUCGCAGAUCAACCAGAUGCUGAGUGAUCUCAACCGCGUUGACUUUGCCAACGUACAGGAGCAGGCAUCGUGGGUGUGCCAGUGUGACGAGGGAAUGGUUCAGCACUUGGAGCAGGACUUCAAGGCCACAUUACAGCAACAGAGCUCUCUGGAGCAGUGGGCGGCAUGGUUGGACAAUGUGGUCACUCAGGUGCUCAAGCCCUACGAGCACCGGCCGAGCUUCCCCAGGGCGGCUCGGCAGUUUUUACUUAAGUGGUCCUUCUACAGUUCUAUGGUGAUCAGGGACCUGACCCUACGCAGUGCUGCCAGCUUCGGCUCCUUCCACUUGAUCCGCCUGCUGUAUGACGAGUACAUGUUUUACCUGGUGGAGCAUCGUGUUGCCCAGGCAACUGGAGAGACGCCCAUAGGUGUCAUGGGGGAGUUUGACAGCCUCAACACUCUGUCCCUCACGAACAACAUUGUCAAAGAUGAAACCAGUGGGAUGGACAGUGACUUGGAGGAGGAUGCAGAGGAGUCCGGGGAGCCUCUUGCCAAGCAGGAAAAGUUAGAACAUGAGGUAAUUCAGGUGAUCCAGGUCAGUGCCACAGAGGACGGGUCCCACCCUGUGGUGGGUGUUGUCCAGCAAGGUGUCGUCCACUCGUUGCCCCAGCCGCCACAGGACCACAAUGAGCACAUCCUCACCCCUUCUGCUGCCACACCCACGAUCCGCCUUUGCAGCGCCACAGGCAACACCUACGCCUCAGUCUGACGGCACAGCCGAUCUUCUCUGGCCCGUUUCUGCUGUCUCACUCUCUACAUAUCUUUCUCUUUGUACGUCCAGCCAAUUGCGUCUUUUUCAUGCAUUGUGUCUGUCUGCACCUUUUGUGGACGUAAUACUUCUCUGCUCAGCCUGGUGGAGGAGCGCUUGAACGAUGGCGAUGCAUUGGCCGUGCUGUCUGUGUCUGCCUAGAAUCCAGAUGUGGUGUCUUUGCAUAAGUCUGUGCUCUCUGACUCUGCAGCAGCUGGUGGAAGGGACCUGGAGGAAAAAGACUAAUGUGACCUGCUAAAUGUGUUCUGAAUAGGCACGACUGGGUCUGUCUUGCAAAUGAAACUUUAAACUACUGAUGUCUCAAAGCUCAAAUCCACGUCACUAGUCCCAGUGGACCAAAGUCAUAGAUUGUCUCAAGACCUAAAGGCAAAGGUCGAACAUGUGUAAAUUGGUAUUAUUCCAGACUCAUGGUGCUAUCCUUUUUUGUUUGUUUUUUCUUUCUUUUUUUUAUUUUCCAGUUAGCCCUCUUUAAUUUAUCCUUUCCUGCUGAUAAACAUCUGGCUGAACAAACUGAGUAUUUUGUGUAGCUAACAAAGGGAUGUAAUUAAUUUGUGAAGUUUAGGAGGGGAUAACGUGUUAGCUUCAUUAUUUGAUUGUAUCUCAGCCCCCCCCCCCUUUUUUUUUUAAUAGAACUGUCUGUGCUGCUAUCUGUGUAUAUAUAGAAACGAGAUUGACAGACUGUAGAGAAACACUUUCUCACUGCUAGCUUUUCUGUGCACUCUGUGCGUAACGCUUGCCUUUGUCCCAUUUUUAGACGCUGUCAUGUGGUUCUCAUCAGUCAGUCCUGAAAGCAACUCGCUCCUUUUUGCAACUCCUGUCUGACUGAAAUUUAUGCUCAUCAAGGACCAAAAA